AUGGCGGACAAAAUAACCGACGAGUAUGCGGUGGGCAUUGAUCCCGAAAUCUACGCCAACAACCCGGCAUACUCGUCUCUGUUUAACCCAUAUAUUCACAAACAAACGAUAAUCGCCGAUCAUGUCUCAGUACAAUGCCAUAUAGACCUCAAUGGUAUUGAUGCCGUUGGGUCCAAGUUCGGCAAUCUCAAUGCGCAUGCAGGUAACUUUACUUCGCUGUGUGCGCCAAACUGCCUGCCCGAAAGAUUUGCGCUUGUCGCAUACACUGUGGAAUAUGCAUUCCUUCAUGAUGAUGAAACCGAUAAUGCUGCUGAUCAAGAAGCGUUGUUGCUGGAAAACAAGAUGCUUCACCAGGCUCUUAACCAGAGCGGUAUGACUUCCGUAUCGACAAGAGUUUCAGAUAAAGCACAACGCAAGUCCGAGGUCCAGGCCAAGAUCGCGGCCGAGUACCUCCGUCUUGAUCCGGUGUUCGCUGGACACUCUAUAAUUUCCGAUGGGGAUCGGGCAUCACGCUCACCCCCGAGGAAGAGAGAAAUCGCCGACCCUAUGAGCUACGUCGCAUAUGCGGAAUUAUGCUUGGUAAAUGACUUGUUCUCUUGGGACAAAGAGUACGCAUCUCAUAUCAAAAGCAAUGGCGACGUGCCAUUAGUGAACGCAGUACAUAUUGUCGCGGUUACGCAGGGUCUGACGCACUGCGCAGCCAAGGCAGUUGUUCAGGCUGAGAUCCGAGCACACGAAGAGCGAUUUUGUCAGUUGAAAGAAGAGUACGAGGCGACAGAUAAGCCAUCAUAUGAAGUCCUCAGGUGGUUAAGACUGCUUGAGCACUCCAUGGCUGGAAACUGGGUGUGGAGUCUUUGUGCGCCUCGUUACUGCAAGGUCGACAGGAAUCCUUAUAAAGACCACCUUGAAAAGUAUGGCAGCGACGGUGUGCGAGUUCUCACGCCCCUAGACCGGCUUUGUUGGCCAAAGAAAGAAAUCAAAGACACGAAGCAGAGUGAGCUCAAUGACCCUAGCUCAACAUCAGAGAGUGACGUCCUAGCCAAGUACACCCCUGGAUAUCUUUCAAUUGACGAGGCAAGUUAUUACCCGCAAGAGUCGCUGAAAGCGAGAUGA